CUCAGGGAGGAGGGGGAAAAGGACAAGGGGGAGGAGGGCGGUCGUCCGGGGUUAGGUUCUUAGGUGGGGGGGCUGGUGUUGGUCCGUUCAGGGCGGGGGAUGACUCACAGCCCAUCCCAUCUCCCCCAAGGCCGCCCGCCCACGCAGAGCUCGCUGCAUGGCUUAGAGGAGGAGGCGGUGGCCAGCAGGGGGAGGGGGACUCUUAUUUUGUUAGGGGGACCGGGCUGAAGACUGACCGGCCUGGCAGGGAUCACCUGGGGCCGGGCGUCAUGUCUCAUGUGGCCGAGCCAGCUCGGGACGGCAUAGAGGCCAGUGCGGAGGGCCCUCGAGCCGUGUUCGUGCUGUUGGAGGAGCGCAGGCCGGCCGACUCAGCCCAGCUGCUCAGCCUGAACUCUUUGCUUCCGGAAUCUGGGAUUGUUGCUGACAUCGAGUUAGAAAACGUCCUUGAUCCUGACAGCUUUUACGAGCUCAAAAGCCAGCCCCUACCACUACACUCAAGCCUCCCAAUAUCACUGCAGGCCACACCAGCCACCUCAGCUACACUGUCUGCAUCAUCUUCUGCAGGGGGCUCCAGGACCCCUGCCAUGUCCUCUUCUUCUUCAUCGCGGGUCCUGCUGCGGCAGCAGCUCAUGCGGGCCCAAGCCCAGGAGCAGGAGAGGCGUGAGCGUCGGGAACAGGCUGCAGCCUCUCCCUUCCCCAGCCCUGCACCUGCCUCUCCUGCCAUCUCUGUGGUUGGUGUCUCUGCUGGGGGCCACACAUUGGGCCGUCCUCCCCCUGCUCAGGUGCCCAGGGAGGUGCUCAAGGUGCAGACCCAUCUAGAGAACCCAACACGCUACCACCUGCAGCAGGCACGCCGGCAGCAGGUCAAACAGUACCUGUCCACCACACUUGGGCCCAAGCUGGCUUCCCAGGCACUCACCCCACCACCGGGGGCUGCUAGUGCCCAGCCGCUCCCUGCCCCUGAGGCCACCCAUGCUACUGGCCCUACAGGCAGCGCCCCCAACAGCCCCAUGGCACUACUCACCAUCGGGUCCAGCUCAGAGAAGGAGAUCGAUGAUGUCAUUGAUGAGAUCAUCAGCCUGGAGUCCAGUUACAAUGACGAGAUGCUCAGCUAUCUACCUGGAGGCACUGCGGGGCUGCAGCUCCCCAGCACGCUGCCUGUGUCAGGGAAUCUGCUUGAUGUGUACAGUAGUCAGGGUGUGGCGACACCUGCCAUCACUGUCAGCAACUCCUGCCCAGCUGAGCUGCCCAACAUCAAACGGGAGAUCUCUGAGACAGAAGCCAAAGCUCUUUUGAAGGAACGGCAGAAGAAGGACAAUCACAACCUAAUUGAACGUCGCAGGCGCUUCAACAUUAACGACAGGAUCAAGGAGCUGGGCACCCUCAUCCCCAAGUCCAGUGACCCGGAGAUGCGCUGGAACAAGGGCACCAUCCUCAAAGCCUCUGUGGAUUAUAUCCGCAAGUUGCAGAAGGAGCAGCAGCGCUCCAAAGACCUAGAGAGCCGGCAGCGAUCCCUGGAGCAAGCCAACCGCAGCCUGCAGCUCCGAAUUCAGGAGCUCGAACUGCAGGCCCAGAUCCAUGGUCUGCCGGUCCCUCCCACCCCAGGGCUCAUCUCCCUGGCCACGACUUCGGCCUCUGACAGCCUCAAGCCAGAGCAGCUGGAUGUUGAGGAGGAGGGCAGGCCAGGCGUAGCAACGUUUCAUGCAGGGGGGGCCCCUGCCCAGGGUGCUCCCCAUCAGCAGCCCCCAGUGCCACCCUCAGAUACCCUUCUGGACCUGCACUUUCCCAGCGACCACCUGGGGGAUCUGGGAGACCCCUUCCACCUGGGGCUAACGGACAUUCUGAUGGAGGAGGAGGAAGGGGUGUUGGGGGGACUGUCGGGGGGCGCCCUGUCCCCAUUGCGGGCUGCCUCUGACCCCCUGCUCUCUUCCGUGUCCCCCACUGUCUCCAAGGCCAGCAGUCGCCGAAGCAGCUUCAGCAUGGAGGAGGAGUCCUGAUCAGGCCUCACCCCUCCUCUGGGAUUUCCCCACCCAGAAAAGGAGGACAAGUCGAGAUGAGGCCCUGCCUUUCCCUUCCCCUCCCAUGAGACUGCCCUGCCCAGGUGUUCUUGGGGAAGAGAUGAGGCCCCACCCCUAUAACCAGGCAAGGAGGGGGAGUCCGGCACACACCACCCCUUUCCCACAGGCCCAGCCAGCACCAUGACAUCAGGGCCUGCACCCUGGAGAUCACAGCAUCUCCUUUGCCCAGUGGGACCCACCCUCACCCAGGUGAGGGAAGGAGACAGGAUGAGGUCUGUCCCUGUCCUCUGGGACUGUCCUAGCCAGGUCUGGGAUAAGGGUGUGUCAGGAUACUGUUCCAUCCCCUCUCUUAUGGUGGCCAGUCUACUCCAUCCUGGCAAGGAAGAGGAGUCCAAAUGAUGGCAUUCCCACCCUGGGGUUUAAGCCCUCUUCCCUUCACCAUGAUCCCUGCCCUGCCCAGGCCAGGAACAGAAUGAGAGCCGGACCCUUUACCUGGGAACUCGGGUCGUGUCCUAGCAGUGGACGAGCCAGUCUAUGCCUCUUCCCUAUAGGAACAGCCCAGCACCAGUAUUUCAGGCAAGGAAGAGUCUGCAAGAUCAGGCCACCAUGUGGAGAUCACAGCCCUUAUUCCUCAGCAGCGUCCCAGCCAAGCAUUCCACUGCAGGGAAGAGGGUACUUAGGCUCCCUGCCUUAACCUGAAAGAACAGCUCUGAGCUAACCUUGCCCUUGGGAAAGGGGGUAGAUUUUGAAAUCUUACGGGUUGACAUUCCAGACUGAGAUCAGAAGUUAGAGUUAGACCCCUACCCUUGGGCAGAGUCCUGCCUCCUUCCUUGAAGGGCAGUUUGGGGAGCUGAUGGGGAAUAGGGGAUACUGAGUCCAAGUUCCCAGAACCAGCACCCAUUACUUUUCUCACCGCAUAGAGGAAUAGGACAAAGAAAGGCGUCCUUCUGGGGAUUUCCCCAGCCCUGGAAAAAGAAGCCUCUCCCACCUAGGUGGAGGCUUGGGGGAAGAGCUGUUAAAUCCUGUACCCUUCUUUUGUUUAUCUGAUUUUUUACUGACCCCCCUACUCAGAAGUUGAUCAACCCAACCUCUGGCCUCCACCCAGUUCUCCAUUUGGAGGACUCUUCCCCAUUUCAGAAUUAUCAACAGACACUCCCCACCCAUCCUCACCCCUCCUGUUAUGUAUACUCAAGAUUGUCAGCUUUGGAUUAUUGGGGCCAAGUCCCAAGGAUGGUGUACUGAGGGGUCUGUAGGUUUGUGAUUAAUAAAUGCUAGGCGUGUUUGAUGCGCUUUUAACUUUGGCAAA